CAAGAAGCAACAUGACUUAGGUGGCUCUGCCCCGAGGUACACCAGCCGUGAUGCAGCAGCCACGCAUGGAGACAGACACCACUGGAGCCGGCGAGGGGCCUCAGCAGGAGGUGCCCUGGUCAGCCUGGGUCACGCGGCAGGGCUUGGCACGCUGGUGGGUGUCCCACGUGCCCCGGAGCUGGGCCCAGUGGUGGAGCACAUCGAGCUGGCGGCAACCACUGCAGCGUGUGCUGUGGGCUCUGGAGGGGAUACUCUACCUGCUGCUGGCACUGAUGCUGUGCCAUGCACUCUUCACCACCGGUUCCCACCUGCUGACCUCCUUGUGGCCCGUCGUGGCCGCGGUGUGGCGCCACCUGCUGCCAGCUGUCCUGCUGCUGGUACUGAGUGCCCUGCCUGCUCUGCUCUUGGCAGCCUCCUUCCUGCUGCUUUUCUCCACGCUGCUGAGCCUCGUGGGCCUCCUCACCUCCAUGACCCACCCAGGCUACGCUCAGGACUUGGACCAAUAGAAGGGCAACCCCA